AUGGAGCAGAUAGAGGCUACUGUCAUGGCUUCAACGGUUGAAAAUGCGAACUCCUUGAAGAGGAAGUCUGAUGAUAUUGGUUGGGAAUAUGGAAAGCUCAUCGAUCCAUACAACAAGGAUAGAGUCAUGUGUAACUUUUGCAAGAAUGUAAACUCAGGAGGAAUUAACCAUUUCAAGAAACACAUUGCUCAGAAGAAGCAGGAUAAGGUUGUUCGUGAGCUAGGUUUGAGAAGUGAUGUUAAUGUCUCUUCCGGUGGACAACAGGAAGAAGACCUUACUUGUGCAGUUGUUGCAUUCAAUGCCAUUGAGAAUGAUGAGUUCAAGCAAAUGGCAAAGAGAGAGAUAAAGGAGGCGUUUAAGAAUGAAGAACUUCGUUACAAAGAAGUCAUUGCUAUUGUGGAGAAGAAGAUGAGAGGCAGACUUGAUGCUCCAUUGCAUCUAACGACAUAUCUUCUCAAUCCUCACUACAGUUAUGCCGACUCCUCAAUAUUUGACAAUGUCGACAUUACAACAGCAUUGAUCACUUGUGUUGAGCAAUUCUACCAUGGUUGUGAUGAGGAUAUACAUGAUGAGAAUUGUGUAAACUUUGACUACAAUCCUGGUUAG